GAGAGUGGGGGAAAGAGAAUGUGAGGAGAGAGAGUGAGGGGAGAGAGAGAGAGAGAGAUUGUACGGGGAUUGACAGCGGGUGAGGAAGUGAGAUACAGAAAGAGAGAGAGAGAGAAGGUGAAUAAGAGAUAAAAGAAAGAGAUAUAAAGUGAGGGAGAGAGAGAGAGAGAGAAAGAACGAGAUUAUAGGGGGACGGAGAGAGUGAGUGAAAGAAAAGAGAGAGAAGAAGGGAGAGUUCGUUUACUAGUAAAACAUGAUGCGAAGCAACUGUAAAGUGCGCUACGGUGGAGUAGGUGGCCGAAUAUGAGAAACGUACCAUGAACGAUGAACAAGUUAUGGACUCUGGACAUCACGAAAACCAGGAAGAUGCAUCAAAAUUCUGGAGUGAAGAGAGGGAAAAUGGCGCAGUGUACAAUAUCUACUUGAAAAAAGUCACAUAUAAGAGUGCUACAGAUUUGGAAUAUGAACAGAGUAGGGAGUUUUCACACCUCAUGUGGGAGACACAUAAAGUACGAGUUAUCAAGUCUGGCACACUCAGUAAGUUGGUGGAGAGUUUGGUUACUGUGAAAGGAGAGAUGGACUCGUGUUAUGUGAAUGUCUUCCUGGCCACUUACAGGACCUUUGCUACCCCGCACCAAGUACUCAACCUACUCAUUGAAAGGUACAAGAUUCUCAAGUCUGAAGACAAGGAGAAAACAGAACUGCAUGAUGUACAACUGAAAACAAUAAAGUCUGUGAUCUCAGUAUGGCUCGAUACAUAUCCAGAAGACUUCCGAGAGGAUCCAGAUUAUCCAUGCCUGCAGAUGCUGGAGAAAUUUGCUCAAGAAUGUAUGGAAGACAGGGACCUGGCAUUUCGGGCCAAACACAAGGAGGAACGAUUCCGGAAAGAAGCCCAGCAAAAUAGAGUUAAAUUCAAGUACAAAAUAGUACAACUCACACAGAAAUAUUUGUUCCGUAAAGUCAUCCCCCACCAUUGCCUGGGUGCCGUAUGGGCAAGACGAGACCGAAAGAGCGGUCGGGAGCCACCAACUGUCUUAGCUACAAUCGAACAGUUCAAUCGUGUUUCUCUUCGAGUCACAGCAACCAUUUUAAAACAGUCAGAACGAAAAGCUGCACGGGUCCGAGUCAUCACGAAAUGGAUAGAAAUUGCUAUGGAACUUCGAGAUCUUAAAAAUUUUUCCUCCCUCAAAGCCAUCAUCUCAGGACUUCAAGCACAUCCUGUUUAUCGACUACGGAAGACCUGGGCAGCUGUCCCAAAAGAAACUCUUGCCCUCUUUGAAGAAUUAUCAGAGCUUUGUUCCGAAGAAAACAACCAAAUUGCCUCACGGGAAAUUCUAAUGAAGGAAGCAACUGCCAAGUUCCCUGAUUUAGAAUGCAGCAACAAGACACUGAAGAAGAAGAACAUGUUAAAACGACAGUCUUGGAUUGAGAAGGGGAUCAUCCAAGGAACUGUUCCCUAUUUGGGUACAUUCUUGACUGACCUCACAAUGAUGGACACAGCGAUGCCUGAUAUCACAGAAAACAUUCAGAUUAACUUUGAGAAAAAACGCAAAGAAUUCGAAGUUCUUGCCCAAAUCAAACUGCUUCAGUUGGCUGCCCAGAUUUACCAUUUCAAAGACGACACACAGUUUUGGUUAUGGUUUGAUGCCAUCAGAGUGUACGAUGAAAAUGAAAGCCAUGAUCUGUCUUGUAUAAUUGAACCUCCAACAGAUGAAGUCAAGAUUAAAAAGAAAUCAGCCAGUUUGGGUCAUAAACCAAGCAAGUGGGACACUGCAAAACUACCUCAGUUUGUGUGCACCCACGACGAUGGUCUCAGUGUAACCAGUUUGUCCGAUUCACCAGUCUCUGUGUCAACAGGACCCCUUAUAUCUCAUUCCUCAUCUGCAUCAUCACUUCUAUCAUCAGAUAGCGAUGUCACAUCACCGUAUCGUUUCCCUGAUUCUUGUAUCAUUAAAGUCAGUGUACAGACUGAAGAAAGUAGUGGAACUCACGUGUAUAAAAGUAUUAUGCUCUCAAACACAGAUCAUACCCAUACUGUCAUCAAAAAAUCUUUGGAAAAAUACUCGAUAGAACGAUGCCAAGAAGAUUUCACCUUGUCUCAAAUACUUCCCGACAAAGAACUGUUGAUACCAUCGAAAGCCAAUGUGUUCUACGCUAUGAACAACAACAACCCCAACUCAGACCUGAACUUUGUGGUGCGAACUAAGUCCUGCCAGGAGGCGUUGAGUAAGAAGCGCAAGUCUCGUGGCAAACUGAAGAAACUGAGUUUGUGAGAGGGGAUAAGAUUCUGCUGCUGUAACCACAGCAGCAUUGUAACAGAUGAAAGGAGUAAAUUAUAAGAAUGGGACGGUUUUAAACAGUUAAACCAUGGAACUAUUUGAAUGUGAAAUAUAUGUUGCAACUUUGAAACCUAAAUUGACCACCAUUUGAAGCAUGGCGGCAUUAGAAACUAAUCCAAGAACCAGACAGCUACACUUCAAUACACACCAAAAGCACUUCCACAGUAUAACAAACUAUACUUCAACACUACACAACACCACACUUGUACAGUGGACCAUAGUACACUGAUACUAUAUACUACAACCUGUGCUACAUUACAUUCUCCAUGUUCUAGUCUUACAAUGUUGUACACUCCACUUACACUCUGCUACACUACACUAAAAUGCCACUCCAUUAUCUCAAGGCUGUCACACUGCAAUAUUUCAUCUCUACUCUGCUCCAUACAGCUGUUUACAUCAGCAGCAGCCGUGCGGUCGUCAUCCAUUUGCAACAUCAAAAGACACAGGUACUGCUUUCAGUCGCGACUACCGGCAACAGCCACGCCCAUUUCAUUCUGCUCUAGCUGGGCUGACCAAGGUGGUGAGGGGAGAGAUGGGUUGCCACACAACAUCAACCACCACCACCACCACCACCAUCCCACCAGUGUCCCUAUUGUCAAUAUUUGUAAUUAAAGUCACUGAACCAAUCACCCACCCUCACCUUCCAUGUUACCCAACACCUGUACCAAAAUCCUGGGCACCACCCUCUCACCACCACCACCACCACCACCACCAUCACUGUCAAUACCGUCCUUACACCAAACCCUCCACACCACCACCAACAUCAGCAUCAACACCAGCACCAUUACCAACACCACUGUCCCUGCCAACCAUCACCAGUAUCAUCAUCAUCAUUGUCACCUCCACCACCACCACCGCCACCACAGUA